GAAAUAGUGUACUUAAGUCAUUUGGCGACAAUUGUGCGAAAAAUAACAAACAUGUAUACAUAAAUAUAUGUUUACGUACAGUACUGAAAUUAUCAUUUCGCACUAUUAAGUUGUUCGUUUUUUUUUUAAUUAUUAAUUAUUUAUAUACUCACAUAAGCUAUCGCAGUUUUUUCGUUUUUAUAAUAAAACGUAAACUGAAUAAAUACAGUUAUACAUUGUACAAUGGAUGAUAUUUAUCGGCGAAUAAGUGACGAAGAAGUUUUCGGUGAAGAUGAAACGGAAAGAAGCGAAAUAAAAGAGUUUUUUCACGGGCAGACUAUACUAUUGACGGGUUGCACUGGAUUUUUAGGAAAAUGUGUUGUUGAAAAAAUAUUAAGAGACUGUGCGGGAAUUAAAAAAUUGAUUUUAAUUGUGAGAUCACACAAAGUUUCAGCUAAAGAACGUAUGAAAAAAUAUUUUCAACACGAAAUUUUUGAAAAAUUGCGUAGUUAUCGACCAAAUUUUGAAUCUAAAGUAUGUAUAGUUGAAGGAAAUUUAAUUGAAGAAAAUUUAGGUGUAUCUAUUGAAGACAAAAAGAUGUUGAUAGAUCAAGUGACCAUGAUUUAUCAUAAUGCAUCAAACGUUAAAUUUGCAACAAAAGUAUCAGAUAGUCUCAAGUGUAAUGUGUUUGGAACAAAAUAUAUGAUCGAAUUGGCUAGAGAGUGCAAAAGAUUAGUGUGUUUCAUGUAUAUAUCAACUGCAUACUCGCACUCUUAUAACAAAGUGAUUGAGGAAAAAUGUUACCCGCCACCAGCGGAUCUUAAAAUGGUCCAAGACAUUAUUGACGCGGAUGAAAUCGCUAAAAACGGUAUACCGCCAGCAACUAUAGAAGAGACAUGUAAGCCGUGGGCUAACAUCUAUACGUUUGGUAAAUCAAUUGCUGAAUCUUUAGUCGAAGAAUUCGGCAAAGAAACAUCUUACCCAUGUAUUAUUUACAGACCGAGUCAAAUAAUAUCAACUUAUCAGGAACCAUUUCCCGGUUGGUGUGGUAAUUACAAUGGACCAGCAUUGGCAUUUGUUGGUUAUGGAUUAGGUAUUGUUCACAUAAAUACCCCAAUAGACUACAUACAAGAUUACGUUCCUGCUGAUAUGUGUGCUAAUUCAAUUCUUGCUCUCACAUGGGAUACUGUAACUAACAGAAAACAAGACAAUAGAAAAGUAUUUGUAUUUAAUUACGCUUCAUCAACAGUCAACCCUUUGAGUUUAAAAGAAUUCGAAAAUCACGCAGUACCAAAAGGGAGAGACAGCCCAUCCAUUCGAAUGGUUGGUCCAAAUUUUUUGUUACGAGCACCAUGUUGGUUUCUAUUUUAUGUGUUUCAUUUUGUAUUACACGGUAUACCAGCAGUAAUUGCUGAUAUUGUAUUUAUGGCAAUGUUACGAAAACCACAGGCUGUUGCGGUAUUUUAUAAAAUAACAUUGAAUUUGAAGGCAAUAUUAUAUUGGGGUACAUACGAUUGGCGAAUAACUGUAACAGAAACUCAAAAAAUGUGGGAGAGAAUGAAUAAUCGUGAUAGAUUUUUAUUUUAUAAUGAUUUACGCACUGUUGAUUGGUCAAUAUUUGGAUAUACAUAUUGGUUUGGAAUAAAAAAGUAUUUGUUGAAAGAACCACUUGAUGAUCCCCCGGCCAGACGAAAAUAUUUUUUAAUACAGUUAGCUUUCCAUAGUUUCAAAAUUUUAGUUAUUGUAUAUAUUUUAUAUUACUUACUUGGUUACUGGCUAAGCCUAAUUUCACCAAUAACCGAAUUCGUAAAGCUGAAAUAUAUUUGUACAUCGCCUUAAUCAAAUUCUUUUCUAGAAUUCGCUAAUUUUUGAAAUCAAAUGUACCCGCAAAUUAUAAAUUUUUUACAAAAAAAUGGAGAUAACU